AUGUCUCCCGAAUCCUCUCUCUCACGUGACCUAACUUGUCCCCGAUCGGGUCACGGCGGCUAUCCGGUCACCCACUUUUGGCGAUUCGCCAACGGUGCGGUCUAUUUCGAGGCCAAAGGUCAGCAUGACCACCCUCGGCCAGCGCUCAAGUCGUUCGGAGUGCAUGAGGCUGAGGUGACCGAUCUCGACGAUCCGGUCGCCGAGGCCCCGCCACCCCUCGGACUCGCUUCAGAGACGACCAAUCCGGCCGGUCUGUCCGUCGACACGCUCGACGAGACGACCACCGCCUCUUUGUCCGGCCGUCAUGCCGUUCCGCUUGACCGACUCGCCGGUCGUCCUGGCCACAACCGACGCGGCGCCAGCGUCGCUUUCGACGUUGAUGUCGCUGUCGCUGUCGCCGUCGCCUCAGCAACUGGAGCAACUCAUGGCGUCAACUGCAGUCCGUCACGCGCGUCGGUAUGUAAAACCGGCGGGGCGGGACGGUCAAGUCGCUGCGCGUCUGGUCGCGGGGCCGGACGUAACGGACGCUGGAGCUCGAAUCUCGCGGUUGCCGCGUCACUUCAAGCUCUACGCGGAACCGGCGGCCAUUCGGUCGCCGAAGCUACUGGUCCGCCGCUACUGGGCACCGCGACGCCAGGUUACGAGAAAGACUGGCCGAAGAGAGACUCGAGCCUGGGCCCAGCAAGUGAGGCAACGAGUGACCGAGGCGAGCAGUUGCCAGUAAAGCCAAUCAACAGCUGGUCUUCUGGUGGAACUGACCUUCGAAUCUCUUCACCCAACACUUCUACUCGAAAUGGAAGUAAUCCCAACAUUUAUUUGUUCUCGCUACCGCAUACCGCUUUGUUGGCAGGCAGGUAG